AUGAUAAUACUGCAAUUUAUAAAUAAUGAUGAAUCCACUCCAGUGCUUGACCUAGACGGCGAACCACUCAAGAUUGGCGAGGAGUACAAGAUUCUCAGUAGUCCCCUCGGUGGGGGAAGAGUAUACUUAGCUGAUCUUGGAAACUCCAAAUGCCCAAAUGGUGUCGUGCAGGACAGUUCGCGUAUCCCUUUACCAGGCACGCCCGUGAAAUUCUUUACUAUGAAAAUUGGAGGUGAUCAUUUGGUGCAUGAAAACCUGGACGUUGGUAUAAUAUUCUUAACUAAAACUUCAAAGCUGUGUGUUAACGAAAAUAUUUGGAAAGUUGGUGAUUACGUCAUAGCGCCAAAUCAACCACCUAGAUUCGUGGUAACUGGUGGUACCUUAGGAUUUCCAGGACCUAAUAACUUAAAGAAUUGGUUCAAGAUUGAGAAAUAUGAGAUGGGGAGACCUAAUUCUUACAAGUUAAGGUAUUGUCUUAGUAAAUAUAUAUGUCCAGACUACAACUUUAAUUGUGCAGAUAUCGGCUUGACCACUAAUAGUGGAUACAACUGUUUGUCUCUCAAUAACAGUCCUUAUCCGUUUGGAUUCUACAAACUAAAGAAGAAUGAUGCAUUGUUAAUAAUUCCCUAUGUUUAA